GAACGUGAGCGUUCUUUUCAAAUUCCUCCUUGGUCAAUAGGUCCUUCAGACGUCUUUGAAGAUCUUUUUUAAGGGUAAUUCCCAAUCUGUGUAGUAUACUGGGAAAAUAUAUUCCCCUCUCUCCGUUUGUCUGCAAAGUUGGGCUUUUCGUUCGAUCGUCUUGGGAAAAAGAUAAUGUCAAUUGUCUACGGCUUGUUCUCUGCGCUCCUCACCGUCCACACCGAAGGUUUUUCCAUGCAGGGCCCUGCUGCAGGGUCUACUGUGGCCCAGCUGGGCGGAUCUGUGCUGCUGCCCUGCUCUGUGGACAGGCCCCUGGCCCUGGAGGAGUUGGAGGUGGAGUGGAAGAGGACAGACAGUCAGACCCUGGUGCACCUGUUCCGGGAGGGGGAGAGCAGGCCUGAAUCACAGCCGGACAGUUACAGGGAUAGAGCCACAUUCUUCAAUGAGCUGAUCCCCGAAGGGAACUUCUCUCUGCUGCUGACAAAUGUGUCUGCUGUGGACAGAGGGGUUUAUGAGUGUGUAGUUCACACCAGCCUGGAGUCAAACAGAAUAUCCAUGGAAAUAAAAGAUGUGGAGUGGCUGGUAGUAACAGGUUCAGAUCAGCCCAUUUCUGCGCAUGCUGGUGAGGAGGUGAUCAUGAAUUGCUCCGUGGACACACACAUCCCCGUGCAAGAGCUGCAGGUAGAGUGGUUAAACACGGACCAAGAUAUCAUGGUUUUGCUGUUCUCAGAAGGAGAAAGCAGACCAGAAUCCCAGCAUGAGUGGUACCAGGGACGAGCCCAAUUCUUCCCUGAGGAGAUUCACAAAGGAAACUUCUCUCUGAAACUGAGGGAUAUCAAAACUGAAGACAAAGGGGAGUACAUGUGCAGUGUCCACAGUGACAGCCAAUCGGCAAACACAACAGCAAGGCUACUGGAACUCGGUCUCUCUUCUCUACACCUCUCUCUGUUGGUCUUCUCAAUAUCUGCACCAUUUGUAGCACUUGGAACCAGUGUGCCAGCUCUCCUCUGUAUAAUCAAGGAAGGCAAAUGGAAGUAA